GGACGGAGGAUUCCGGGUCCCUUCGAGCCUGGGCUGGGCGACUCUGGGGGCGGACCCGGGGUUGAGCCUGCUCUGUGGAGGGUGGGGUUCUGGCCCAGCCCUUCUUCUGGGGCUGCCUCUCGCCCCGGCUAGGGUGAGGUCUGUUAGUACGCGAGCCCGUGGGCCUAGGCGGUUUACAGGACGCUGACAGGCUCGCCUGUCAGUCGGGUGUCUGCUCCUUAUUUCGCACCUUCACGCACACCGUGACCCGAACACUCUUUUCCUUUUGUUUUUAUUUUUGCCCUAACCCACGUAUUCCCAGUAUCAGCGCUGCGCCGUGGCUGUAAGAUUCCUGCGGAUAGGGAAUUUGGCGGGGUGGGGGCGGGGGGAGUGCCCUGCGCUUAUAUUUAGGCUGUUAAUACCCAAAGCUCGUUAAUAUGUUGAGCUUCGGGGCACUUGACUGAUGGGAUUCACAUUCCUCAAGGCGUAUGCAAGUGAGUUCCCCGGCCCCCGUACUUCUCUUGCCUUUACUCUCUGAGACAUCCUGAAGAAGGUAUCUUCAGAGUUUGGAAGAAUCAUAUUAACUUUUCAAAAUGUCCAGCAAAGAAUCUUACGGAAAAAAAGAGAAAUCUCUGAGAAAAGGCACUGCCCCAUCACCCAAUGUUGAUGAAGAAGAUAAGAAAGAGAAAAAAACCUCAGCAAAUUCUACUAGUUCACCUUGUUCUGUAAUAUCAGUUUCAACAGAGAAGAGAAAACUGAAAUCAGAUGAUACAGAUAUUCUGUACUGUAAUAUAAAAAGAAGACAAGAACUGAAAAGACUGAAUGUAGAAACUGACACUCCAAGAAAGAGACCAAAAAUUAGUUCUUCAUCCCAAGGACUUGCUAAACUCCAAGAAACAUCAUACUCAAAUGAUAAUCAGAUUACUUCUCAGAGUCCUUCUUCAAAUGGAACUAAAAAUGGUAUAAGUAAAUGUGUAGAUUUUAAAGUUAAAGAUAUUAAAUUGACAAAUGUUAAGAGUGAGCUGGACCAUGGAAUUAAAAACUUUAGCAGUCCUAAGAUUGCCAAAGAUGUGAGACCUAAAGCUGAAGGCCAGGCAAGUGAAAAAAAAUGGCCUCAUCUACUUGCUCAGAGGAAGAAGAUGAAGGAACUCAAGAAAGAAAGGUACAAUAAAUUUAGAGACAGUUGUGAAAAAUAUGUUUUGGAGAAAUGCAAGAGAAUCCAAUUUUCUCAGGAUUAUAAGUCCAACAAGAUAAUUAAGGAACCCCUCGAAUCUAGAAGAAGAAUGAUCAAUUUCAAAAUCCUAGGAGAAUCCUGUGAAACCCUUCAGAAGCUUGUAGAAGAAGAUGUCUUCAGUUUAGAUUCUAACACGUUAAAGACCAAGCAGGAGAAAAAAGAAUGCCUGGAAGGCUCCCAGUUUUCGUUAAAUUUGACAAGGCACAAAAGUGAACAUUUAUUUUCAGAUUCCACGUAUAAGCAGACUGUUCGUGAGUGGGAAGGAAAAUAUCAUGAGCAUCAAAGAAGUAAUGAUUCAAGUUCUAGUGAAAACCUAACCAAGAGUUUUGAAGCACCGUGUUCUUCAGUGUCACUUGAAAGUAUUCAAGAUACAGAUCAAGAGAUGCAGAUUGUAGAAGAGCUUCACGCUGCACGUGUGGGAAAAAGUGUGGAUUUAACUGUGGUUCCAUCUUCUGGAGAGUUAACAAGUAUGGAGAUUGACUUGGUGGAAGAUGAUGUACAUUCCUCUUCUGCAAAUACUGCUUCAGACAAAAAGCUUUUAAUUGUUGUUGACACAAAUAUACUGAUGAAUCAUCUCAAAUUUGUUAGAAUUUUGAAGACAACAGAAAUCUCAGGCUUUGACAGGCUUGUGUUAAUAAUUCCCUGGGUUGUUGUGCAAGAGCUGGAUCGUAUGAAGGCAGGAAAAUUACUGAAACGUGCCCAGCACAAAGCUAUACCUGCCGUUCAUUUCAUCAAUGACGGUCUCAAAAAUCAAGAUAGAAAGCUAUGGGGUCAGUCAAUACAACUUGCAUCUCAAAAACUUUAUGGAUUGAGCGAUGAGAACAAUGAUGACCGUGUAUUAAAAUGCUGUCUUCAGUACCAAGAAUUAUUCCCUUGUUCUCUUGUUAUUUUGUGCACGGAUGAUAGAAAUUUAAGAAACAAAGGCCUAAUAAGUGGUGUGAAGUCACUCAGUAAAGAAGAAUUGAGUGCAGAAUUAUUAAACUUAUCUCUGAACACAGUUGUAUGUCAUCAGCCUUGUAUAUCUAAACAACAAUUGAAAGCAGAAGCAACACCUUUAGAGAAGAGCUGUGAGGAGGAAUCUACAAACUCUGGACUCUGCAUUCCACUUGAAAGCAUUGUAUCUGAUCUUGAAAAAUCUCUUGGAACAGCUUUAUCUUCAAUAUUAGAAACAGAAAUGAAAAUUGCUUUUGGAAACCUUUGGAUGGAGGUGCUGUACUUGAAACCACCAUGGACUCUAAUACAUUUAUUACAGUGCUUUAGAAAACAUUGGUUGGCUGUAUUUGGAUUAGUUGUGGAAAAGAACUUGCUUUUAACUGUUGAGAGCCUAUAUGAAAAUCUCUCUAAAGCUAACAAUGCAGUGGAUUUUACAACAGUGAAAUUGCUGCUUCAGGAUUCUAAAAGUUUGCUACAUGCUUUCAGUACAAGGUCAAAUUAUGAUGGUAUUCUUCCACAGGCCUUUGCUCAAGUAAACAAACUACUCCAAACAUUUAUAGAGGUCAAGGCAAAACUUAAGCAAAAUCCUUCAAAAAAUACAGCGGGUAAAAGGCAAGAAGAUAAUUCUUUGAUGAAAUCUAAUAACCAAGAAAUCACCAUUUCCUCAGGUUCUCAUCUUCCCCAACCCAACAGGCAUCAAGAGAUCUGGUCUAUCCUAGAGAAUGUUUGGAUUACAAUAUAUCAAAACAGCAUGGAUGUGUUUCAAAGAUUGGGCUCAAAUUCAGCUCUGAUGUCUUCAAAAAUAGCAUCAUUUGAAGAAGCAUUUGUAUAUCUUCAAAAGUUAAUGGAAGCUGUUAAGGUUAUUCUUGAAGGAAUUCAGAGGAUUUUGGCACCCAGUAGUAAUUAUCAAGAUGUUGAGACCCUCUAUAACUUCCUAAUCAAGUAUGAGGUAAAUAAAAAUGUCAAAUUUACUGCCCAGGAACUUUAUGAUUGUGUUUCACAGGCUGAGUAUCGGGAAAAGUUAACCAUCGGAUGCCGCCAGCUGGUUGAGAUGGAACACACCAUGCAACAGUGCAAUGCCUCCGUCUAUAUGGAGGCCAAAAACAGGGGAUGGUGUGAAGACAUGCUCAACUAUAGAACCUAAGUGCUGAUUUUGUAACUUAGAAGGAAUGCAUCUGUCUUCAGGAACAACAGAGUAGCUUUCAACCUUUUGUGCCAAACCCGGGAGACUUGCAAGAAAUGUCUUAAGAAAUGUCUCAAAUGUCAAUGUCUCAUAAGUACAAAAAGAUGAUUGCCUAUUACUGACAACCUCAUUGAGGUUCUGAUGUGUCCAUUGUGGGAUAAACUGUGAACUCAACUUGUCUGAAGUUGACUUUACCUCCCUACCUCUACUCCUAAUACUGAGCCAGUGUGUCUAAGGAAAGGAGAGCCAUCUUUUUGGUCAUCUUAGGGCAAGAGCCACUGCGGCAUCUGAGGAAGGCCCAGGACACAGUGUUAGCAUCUCUCUCAACAAUAAAUUUGGGUAUGUGACCAGAGACGUUUCCAAACCUCAAGAAAGAAUUAGGACAUGACCAUGCUCACCAUAUUCCACAAGAGAAAUCUUACCCUGGGCUGUUCUAUGAUCAAACUGUCUUCCAUGUAGACACAAUACGUAAUACGUAUCCCUUCUACUUCCCCCAAGGUAAGGGAAGUAGAAUUUUGACUUUGGCUCCAACUUGCUGCAGUAGCCUCUUUUCUUCCCUGGCCUUGUCACUUCUCAGUGCAUUUCUCAUGGGAUAAACAGGGAGACCCCUCUGCUCAGUGUCCUCUUAAAUGUGAAACAGCAUGGAUUUAUCAGGUAGCAGUGGCUGAUGUUUGCCCCUGGCUAAACCAAGUGUUUAACUGACUUCUUUAGUUAUAAAUACCAUCUAUGGAAAUCCUUGUUUACUAAAGUAUAUUAUGCUUUUGUUAAUACAUUAGAUUAAAUCUAAUUUGGUAUUCUAUUAUAAAUGUUAAUUUAUUUUUUUUAAAAAGCAAUGAAUUAUUUUUAGUGAUUUUGCUUUUCAUUUUACUUCCAAAUUUUUUUUCUGAACUGCAUACAGGUAUGAUUAUAAAAGUGAACCUCCAAUGAAAGAGAACUAUGCAGGAUGCCCACUAGCAGGAAGAAGGAUCCGAAUGAGCUUUGUUUGCUUAGAAAGCCACACCUCCUCCUGGGGCUCAAAGUGCCCUCAGGGAUAUGAGCCUGGGUAGAAGGAGAAGCUUCCAGAGCACCUCUGCUGUCUGCCUCUUUCCUUUUCCAUCCCCUCCCCCUACCAAAUAUGUCUUCAGACUUUUAUCCCUCAGCUGCUUCUAGUUGUUAUUGAGUUUUGCCCUGCUUUGUUUUUGUUGCUGUUGUUGUUGUUUUGGUCGCAGCUUGCAGGAUCUUAGUUCCCUGACUAGGGAUUGAACCGUGGGCCACUGCAGUGAAAGCGCAGAGUCCUAACCCCUGGACUGCCAGGGAACUCCUUGCUGUGCUUCAUUACCUCCCUUUUUCUCUCUUAUCUUUUUAAUAUGUUAUACUUUUUAGGAAAUUUCUUUUCACUCCUAUCAUCUGAAUACUUCUACGUAUUUCACCCUAUGCAUGUGGAUUUUAAUUUUAUCCUAAUCUAUGUGUCUUUCACUUUGUGCGUUAAUUUGUCAAUU